AUGGUUCAAAUCAACGAAGUCAAGGACACACAAACCAGGGAAAGCAGGACUGCUGCCCAUACACAUAUCAAAGGGUUGGGUUUGGAUGAACAUGGGAUUGCCAAAAAAGUUGAAGGAGGAUUUGUUGGUCAAUCAGACGCCAGAGAAGCCUGUGGUAUUAUAGUAGACCUAAUUAAAUCGAAAAAAAUGAGUGGUAAGGCUAUACUAUUAGCUGGUGCUCCAGGUACCGGUAAAACAGCUUUAGCAUUGGCCGUUUCACAAGAAUUAGGACCAAAAGUACCAUUUUGCCCAAUUGUCGGUUCUGAAUUAUUUUCGGCUGAAGUUAAGAAAACAGCUGCAUUAAUGGAAAAUUUUAGAAGAGCAAUUGGAUUAAGAAUCAAAGAAACUAAAGAAGUCUAUGAAGGUGAAGUAACUGAAUUAACUCCGGAAGAAGCUGAAAAUCCAUUAGGUGGAUAUGGUAAAACUAUUAGUCAUGUAAUUGUUGGUUUAAAAACUGCUAAAGGUACUAAGAGUUUAAGAUUAGACCCAAGUAUUUAUGAAAGUAUUCAAAAGGAAAGAGUUACUCCUGGUGAUGUUAUAUAUAUCGAAGCCAAUACUGGUGCUGUUAAAAGAGUUGGUAGAUCUGAUGCUUAUGCCACUGAAUUUGAUUUAGAAGCUGAAGAAUACGUUCCAUUACCUAAAGGUGAAGUUCAUAAAAAGAAGGAAAUUGUUCAAGAUGUUACAUUACAUGAUUUAGAUGUUGCUAAUGCAAGACCUCAAGGUGGACAAGAUGUUUUAUCAAUGAUGGGACAAUUAUUAAAACCAAGAAAAACUGAAAUAACUGAUAAAUUAAGAUCAGAAGUUAAUAAAGUAGUUUCAAAAUAUAUUGAUCAAGGGGUUGCUGAAUUAAUUCCAGGUGUUUUAUUCAUUGAUGAAGUUAAUAUGUUGGAUAUUGAAAUUUUCACUUAUUUAAAUAGAGCAUUAGAAAGUGCUAUAGCUCCAAUUGUUGUUUUAGCUUCGAAUCGUGGUAUGACAACUAUUAGAGGUACUGAUGAUGAUACUAAAUCUCCUCAUGGAUGUCCACCAGAUUUAAUUGAUAGAUUAUUGAUUGUUAGAACAUUACCAUAUAAUCAAGAAGAAAUUAAAACAAUUAUUUCUAAAAGAGCUUCAUUAGAAGGAUUAUAUAUUAAUCCAAGUGCUUUAGAAAAACUCGCCAUCCAUGGUGUUACCAAUUCAUUGCGUUAUGCUUUACAAUUAUUAGCACCAGCUGGUGUUUUAGCUAAGACUGCUAAUCGUAAUGAAAUCACUAAUGAAGAUAUUGAGGAAUGUGAAUUAUUAUUCUUAGAUUCACGUCGUUCAAUUAAAAUUUUAGAAGAAAGCAAAGGUUAUCUUUAA